GGUUGAUAAGAUAAUAGGAAUGCAGUUGCAUCAAACGAGUCAUCAUUGCAAGUAUAUUGCAAGGAUCUAAAAUAUUUGAAAGUUUCUGACGAAAUCGAUUCUUGUAUUCACAUUUAAGAAAUAUUUCGCGAAAGCCAUUAACAAAGAAGAAAAAGAAAGGAGGAUGGAUGUGAAAGAGCAAUAUAACGGGGUGGAAGAAAUAAUAUGUGACUUGAUGAACGCUUUUGAAAAUGUACAACGGGAAAUAAAGAUAGAGAUGGAGAAAUUAAAAGACGAAAUGAGAUGUAGGGAAAAAGAUUGGACAGAGGAAAAAAAUAAAUUAAAAGAAAGAAUAAAGAAAUUAGAAGUAAUAUGCGAAGAAUAUAAGAAGAUUAAAGACGAAAUAAGACAAUUAGAAAGAACGGAGACGGAUAGUGAAAGAGAAGAGGUGGAAUGUGUAUGGGAUAACAGAAUUGAGAUGAUGAAAGAGUUGCUUGAUAAAUUCGAGAGAGGUGAGAAAAGUGUAAAGCAAGAAAAGAGAAAAAAAAAUAAUACGAGGGUCGCAUUGAUCCCCACUAGUACUCCAAGUACAUCCCAAUUGCAAAAUACAGCUACUUCUAUUAAUACAGACUUUGGUCGAAAUAACAACAAUUUUGACUUGAUAGAAACUCCUAGCACUUCAUCGGAAAGACGUGCGCAAAAUCAGAAUUCGAACAUUUUUCAGUUAAAUGAAUUAAAUAGGCCAAAUACUGCCAGUGGCAAUACAGUAUCAGAGAAUAGAAAAAAUCAUACUCCCUCGAUUAAUUUCGGUGAUUUCAAAAAUUUUAUGAACAAAUCAGAUCAAUUUGCGUCCAGUAAUUCUCACAAUGCUAACAUUAUGUGUAAUUGUAAAAAGCCUGCUGUUCAAAUAGUUGGAAAAUUUGGACCAAAUAAGGGACGUCUAUUUUACAAAUGCAGUGAAAACGUUUGCAACUUUUUGAAAUGGGCAAAUGAGGAUAGUGCAAAAUUUCAAGGUAAUGCAGGGAAGAAACGUUCAAUGGUAUCAAGCCCUGAUAAAAACAACGAUAGUAACUUUUCUCGCCCUAGCACUUCUAAGGACAAUUGGGACAACCCAUCCACGAAUGUUAUGUGUAACUGUAAUCAGUCCGCUCGAAAGAUGGAGGUUUACAGAGAUGGCCCUAAAAAGGGACGACUAUUUUAUAGAUGUCCAAAUUCCAUUUGUAAUUUUUUCAAGUGGGCAGAUAAGAAUGAUAACGGAGUUCCUGAAAACGCUAAAAAGCCCAAACUUAUCAGGGGCAGGAGAAAAUGCGGAAUUUGCGGAAUAGAAGGUCACAUGAGAUACAAAUGUCCAAAUAUAGGCAAUUUCGAACGUUAUGUCUCUCUCAUGAGUUACUUCGAAAAAUUUUUUCGAAAACAGGAACAUAAAUAAUAUACAGUUGUAACGAUUAGCGUUAUAAAAAGCUUAAUUAAAAUGGAGAAGUGUCAAACACGGUUUUUAUCUGUAAGAGUUGAUUUCUGCCUUGUAACUCUUACAAGUAUUAAGACUUCUAAUGGAAAAAAGUUUGAUACACACACAAUUAUUGUUAUUUUAUAAUUCCUACUUAUAUUGUAGUUUUCUAGUUUCUAUUUAUAUCCUAGUAAGC